UCAGUCGCUCAUAGAACUUGGUGGUGUGUUGUAGUUUAAGGAGAGCGUCGCUUGUACAUGAAUACCACGAAGCAGUACCGAAUACGGUUUUUGUGGGAUGUCAUCAUUUUUUGAACGCAUUUUGUGAUAUUUGCUGUCAAUACUGAUUUGGACAAGCAGGAGGAUGUAAAGUUUAGUUACAUACAUAAAUAAUUCUGGAUUUUGACGUGUAUUAACGAUUAAUAAAACAAGUGGAGUAUGUUCUACGAAGUACAGUUUGUGAGACAAGUUGCAUAAUUUUUAACUCGAACAAUGUUUGUACGUCAGUUAAUACUUGAAAAAUAAGGAACGUGCAAGGCUGUUCAAACAGUGACGGAAAAGAAAAAGGACAAUUCAACCCUACUUAAACUUUGAUGUUGUUGUUGAUCUAGAGUAAAAGUGAAGAAGAGCCGAUUGAUUCAUUUUGCAUGUUGUGAAAGUGUGCCCGGUUCCAUUGGGAGAUCAGUCAAUAGAGAACUGAAAGGAAUAUUUACGCAUCCUUGGGGAGCACGGAAGGAAAUGAAGAAAUAGAAAGAGAGACCCUUCUCCCGACCCUGCUUGAUUUUGGGCAGUGACAUCGUAUAAUUUUAAAGUUUGACAGAGUCGUCAGCUCAACGAUAGAGAGACCCUGAUGUACAAAGAAGCAGAAGAAUAACAAGGAUAUACCAUUUUCUGUCUAAAGAACAAGACGAUUCCCUUUUCACUACUUCCAGGUGUGUAUGUACUUUCUCGCAAGAAAAAUAACAUUCAACCCGAGUUGCUACAUUCAAAGGAAUCAUCUAACAUCUAAUCCAGUUGGACGCUGAAUUCCUGGAGCUGCCAAGGAACGACGAGGCUGGAAUGAGAGAUAGAUAUUAAUAUUUGUCAUCGAGGAUAAGAAUUGACAUUGCUUUUGCUGCUGCUGCUCUGCUGCCUGAGGAGAAGUGAUUCAUGGACUUUGGGGAAGUGAUUUGAUGUGAAGCCAAGAUUGACAAAGAAGAGAUGGGGACGACGACGACCACUUCUGCCUUUGGCGUUGUCGUCUUCUGCUUCUUUCUCCUGCUGGUGGAAUACUGUCGUUGUGCGGACAUUGGAAAGCACUUUACUCGAUCUCCACAAAGUAUUGUGGCACCGCCGGGCGAUCGUGUUACAUUUCAGUGCGAAACGAAUAUUCCAGCAGAACAGGUUCGAUGGAAGUUGAAUGGUCGAUUUUUGGAGGCUAACGAGUCUGACAUUCGGAUCUCGGGUUCCUUUCUGGUCGUGAAGGUGGCAAAAGUUAGAGAACGCUUUCUCCAGCAAGUAGGAGAUUACCAGUGCGUCGCUAAUUUUGGCGCGGAAUCAUUAACCUCGCUCCCGGCGCAGUUGACGAUAGCGUCCCUCUCUCCGUUUCCCACCCAGAUUCAAAACCGGAGUUUGGAAGUUGUUGAAGGGAAUGGGGUAGUAGCAAUAUCAUGUGACCCACCCUACUCCAACCCACCCCCAGUCGUCCAAUUUUGGAAGGAUGGUCGACCCAUUGACACCGAAUCCACCACAGGCGGUCCUUACUCACUCUCCGACGCUGGCGUUCUGCACAUUUUUAACGUUUCAGUUGCAAGUGAUAGUGGAGUUUAUUGGUGCGUUGUUUCAAACCACAUAACAACUGAGACAGAGGUCGCCCCAUUUUUUACCAGACUUAUCGUAACGCCAAAGUCAAAAGGAGGACGGAGACCGCCAGAAUUUUUGGUCAAACCCAAACCAUACUUUGUCGUGCCAAAGGAUGGGAAUAUAACCCUUGACUGUGUCGCAAUCGGUAACCCACCACCAUUCAUAACAUGGCGAAAGUUACGCUCACCGCUGACCCCAACGGCACGAUCAACGGCUGGUUCGCUCCACCUAUUUUCCGUGGGAAUGGAGUCUGAAGGAGAAUACGUGUGUGAGGCGUACAAUGGGGUGGGAGAUUCUCUAACAUCGCUCUCCACCUUGGUCCUCAACUCGCCUCCAGUCAUUGUGCAGGGACCAGAAAGUCAAAUUGUGGAGGAGGGUGCCCCCCUCUCGCUCACUUGUGGGUCGGAAGGUCUCCCGAAGCCGAGGGUGUUUUGGGUUUUUAACGGUGUUCAGUUGAACCCGGAUGGAGGAAAUGUUGUCCUUGGAGAGGAAGGUUCCCUCAAUAUUGCACGAGUGGAAAAAAGUCAUGCCGGCCUUUGGCAGUGUUUCGCAGGAAAUCCAAUGGGUUCAGUCUAUUCCCCAGCGGAAAUCCGUGUCAUGCCGAAACAGUUUACCAAGAUGGCAACCCCUGAAUCAGGCAUGAACAAUAUGACACCCGUUCUCCCACCAACCGCAAUUCUUAAAGAAGAUUUAGACGACGACAUGCUAGAAGAAAGGCAAGAACACCAUCCUCAUCCAUACCAUCAUCACAAGCUCCACCACAAGAACAAGAGAAGGAAACAUGGAAAAGGGGGAGAAAUUAUGACACCUCCAUCAAAACCCGUAGUGAAUCGAGUUUCGGAUGAUUCCGUGAUGGUGCGCUGGACCGUGCCCCCAAAUUCUGGAUAUCCAAUCAUAUUCUUCAAGAUCCAGUAUCGAGAUGUUAGCAAACGGGGUUCGAGGUGGAUGACGAUCGACGAUGAUAUUCCCCCACACAUUCAUUCUUAUGAAGUUAGAGACCUCAAAGUUGGGCAUUCAUACAGGUACCGCAUUGCUGCCGUUUAUUCCAACAAUGACAACAAGUCUGGUCCCACUUCCGAUAAAUUUGGGCUAACCAAAGAAAGCUCCUCAAGAAGACCCAGUUUCGCUCCAGUAAUCACGAAUGCCUUACCUUAUAACAACUCGGCAAUUGUACUGCGAUGGAAGCACAUGAAACCAGAACCGGGAGGAAUUGAUGGCGUAUUCAUUUACUAUCGGGAGUCUACGUCUGCCACAGAAUACUCAAAGGUCACUGUUUUGGGGGCUGACACUGAGUCAUUUUACAUCUCAUUCCUUAAACCCGGUGUUUCAUACGAUAUCAAAAUUCAGUCAUUUAACCGUGCUGGCGCUUCUGGGUUUAGUUCAAUAAUAGCUGCAAAAACUACAGGACAAAUGUCAACAGAAAAGCCUGAUCCCGAUUUGAUAGCCAAGGACAAAGAAUUGCUCCCGGAAGAUGAUAUCCCUCCCUCCAAUGAUCAUUUGUAUGUCCUUUUGGGCUCACUGUUUAUCGGUUUCUGGGUCGUACUCUGUGUUUCGUGCGCCCUUUGUUACAAAUGCAAGCAGCGCAGAGCGGAACAAGAUGCCAAAUAUCCAUGUGGCGACCCUUCCCUAGAUGUUGACAAGUCACUUUCCCCAGACUUUCUCGGAGGAGGUCAUCUUCAUCAUAACGGUCUCAACGGAUAUAUUCCCACAAUUACAUCACAUCUCGAUGAAAAGGAGACAUCCUUUGUCGAGAGGUUCAACAAUAAUCGUCCCAUUUCCCCAUCGCAUCUAAAUGCAAACUCGUCCACGUGUGACCUUUCUUCCUUUAAAAAUGGCGGUGGUGAUACGACAGAGCUUCAGCUAAUGACUAAGUUACGCAAGGAAAGCGUAGUGGAUGCGAGAAAUUGCAAUUCGUUGCAUAGGAAGAAGAAUCAAUUCAAUAAUGUGCACCAUGCACCCAAUAACCAUAACCCUCAUCAUGGUGGAAGUCUUCGCAAGCUUCCAUACGUAUCGUGCUCCAGUGAUGACCUCGAUUGUGGUGCAAGUGAGGACACAAGAGGCUCCCGCAUAUUUCCAAAGGAACAUUACAAAGUUAGCAGAAAACAUAACAGGAGAAAAAGUGGAUUGGUAGAGUAAUUAGGUUUUAGGAUUUUAUAUUUUUAUACGUAUUUAUUUAUAUGAGAUUUUUAUAGUAUUUUAUUUCGUACGGCGACAAACAUGAGACACCGGUCUUUCAUUCCUUUUAGAUGUAAAAUUAUGUAUGUCGCAGAGUAAAAGAAACCAUGAGACGCUAUACUUUUGGACUGAGUCUUUUUUAUUUCAAUUAUUAUACGAAAUAAAUCAGAAUUUUACACUACCGA